UCCCCCUGCUCGGUCCGGAGCUUACACCCGCGCCCGCGCCUCCUGCCAACCCAGCGCCCCGUGCAACACGCCCAGGCGGAGCCCCCCUCGCCCACGUCCACGUUCACGCGCGCGGCCUCGCGCUAUGGUGAGGCUGCUGUUGGGUCGCCUCUGCUGUCGGCUUUACACGCAGGUCAUUAACGAGGGGGCGUGCCCGAGAAGAUUUUUCCCAUAAAGCAUUUUUCUAUUUUUUUUCCUCUCUUUUGCAAAACUGACUUUUACCCCUUUCCACUUCUCGCCAGUCGUUUCAAUCUCUUCAGGGCUUUUCGUGCUGCUGCACUCAAGUUUAUUUUCCCGCCUGGGUUGGGGUUUUAGAAUUCGGUUUGUGAUUUUUACCUCUUGUUGCUGCUGUGCCUAAGGAGGGAAAUAGAAGCAGCUGCGGGAGGAUCGGGAAGGUUUUCUGAUGUAGUCAUCGGGGAGGUGCCACUCGCUCGUGCGCGCUCUCUUUUUUUCUUUUUCUUUUUUUCCCAUUUCAAACUGAUUGAUGUAUCUCUACAAGUUGCUGGACUUGGGGCCGGCCCCGUCGGAGUCACAGGGACACUUCUGAGAGCUCACCCAGGGCUCUUGGCACCGCGUGUGGGGAAUCGGUCUCGCUCCCGGAAGGCGAUCGGAGACUGACAUCAGCCCAUCCAGGAGUUGGAGGGAUCCAUUUGAAAGUGAUUGUUACCCCUCCUGCUCUUCAGCAGAACAGUUGGGUUGGCGUCGUCUUGCAGGUUUGGGAAUCCCAGCUCCGCCGGGCUGGCUGGUUCAUAACCUCUACUCUUCAUUCACUUUGGUGCACCCACACCCGGCCAAGAAAAGCACGCAGGAGAAAUCCCCGAGACUCGGCCAGCGCCCGAGGUGCCGACUCCCUUUGCCGCUGCAGUCCGACUCCACUAGGGACCUGCGGGAAGACUCGAAGAGCCAAACUUUUCUUUGAGGGUUUCGAGGCAAGACCGCUCCUCGCCAGCGCAGCUGCCGGUUAACCAGUUCCAGGACGCCGGCGGGGCUGGGUUUGCGGCUCCAGAUCCCCACCCUUCUCGGCGCACCGCCCGGUACCGCAGUACCAACUACUCCUCCGAGAUUUCCGGGGGUCGCCCGACUAAGGCACAGAGGAGGCUGGGGAAAGCUCUCAGACUCCAGGGGCCACAAGCAUCCAGCCCCCUAUCUUCACGGCGCCCUCCUUUUGCAGUUUCCCACCCGCCACCAAAGUAACUUGGAGCGAAGCGGGUCGCAGUGCAAGGGCCCCCGGCGGUUGCGAAGCCGUACGCCGCCCGCGGCGCCGACGCUGAGCCGGGCCCGGCGGGCCGGUGUAUGUCUCCCCUCGGCCACGGCGCGCAACUCCCGGUGACUGUGCAGCGCGCGCCGCCGCCAGUUCCGAAUCGCGCUGCCGCCGCCAGGCCGGGCACGCACCUCCCUCUGCCGGGGUGACUGGCCUGCAGCCGCCGCCCGAGACACAGCUUGGCACCCUUUCCCCCGCCUUCGCCGCUGCUACCACACACACGCACGCUUCUCUCCAUCUUGUGAUUCCUUUUUCCUCCCGAACCCCAGUGGGGGUGCGAGUUUGUCUUUAUCCCCUACUCCCCACCCCCCCGCCCGCAAUUCACCGCCUUCUUUUCUUCUCGCUCUCCUGCCCCUCCCCAGCUUGGUGUGCGCCUCUUUCCUUUCUCGCCCCCCUUCAUUUUAUUUAUUCAUAUUUAUUUGGCGCCUGCUCUCUCUUUCUGUCCCCUUCCCUCCCUCCCUCCCUCUGGAUCCCCGCUCUCUCCCCGGAGUGGCGCGUCGGGGGCUCCGCCGCUGGCCAGGCGUGAUGUUGCACGUGGAGAUGUUGACGCUGGUGUUUCUGGUGCUCUGGAUGUGUGUAUUCAGCCAGGACCCGGGCUCCAAGGCCGUCGCCGACCGCUACGCUGUCUACUGGAACAGCAGCAACCCUAGAUUCCAGAGGGGUGACUACCAUAUCGACGUCUGUAUCAAUGACUACCUGGAUGUUUUCUGCCCUCACUAUGAGGACUCCGUCCCAGAAGAUAAGACUGAGCGCUAUGUCCUCUACAUGGUCAACUUUGAUGGUUACAGUGCCUGCGACCACACUUCCAAAGGCUUCAAGAGAUGGGAAUGUAACCGGCCUCACUCUCCAAAUGGACCACUGAAGUUCUCUGAAAAAUUCCAGCUCUUCACUCCCUUUUCUCUAGGAUUUGAAUUCAGGCCAGGCCGAGAAUAUUUCUACAUCUCCUCUGCAAUCCCAGAUAAUGGAAGAAGGUCCUGCCUAAAACUCAAAGUCUUUGUGAGACCAACAAAUGACACCGUACAUGAGUCAGCCGAGCCAUCCCGCGGCGAGAACGCGGCACAAACACCAAGGAUACCCAGCCGCCUUUUGGCAAUCCUACUGUUCCUCCUGGCGAUGCUUUUGACAUUAUAGCACAGUCUCCUCUCGUUACCUGUCACAGAAAACAUCAGGGUCUUGGAACACCAGAGAUCCACCUAACUGCUCAUCCUAAGAAGGGACUUGUUAUUGGUUUUUGGCAGAUGUCAGAUUUUUGUUUUCUUUCCUUCAGUCUGAAUUCUAAGCAACAACUUGGGGUUGGGGGGACUAAAAAAUCUAGUUGCUGCCUCCCUCACCCCACUCCCAGCCCUUGCCCUUGACUUCUCUCACCCCUUCCAAAUUAAAUGGACUCCAGGUGAAAAUGCCAAAUUGUCGUAGUGACACCAGUGGUUCGUCAGCUCCUGUGCAUUCUCCUCUAAGAGCUCACCUCCGUUAGCACACUGUGUCGAUGGUAUAUGGACAAGGAAGAAUAGUGGCAGAUGCAGCCAAUGAUGGUCAGACCUGGGAGAGUUUCACUCUCCUAUACAAUAUUUAUGCCUUCUCAUUCAAGACUGUAAGAUGAUCGUGCAGGGCAUCAUGUCACCAUGUCAGGUCCAGAGGGGAGGUAUUAAGAAUAGAUAUAAUAUUACACCAUUUCCUCUAGGAGUGUAUAAAUGAACAGGCUUCUAAAAGGUUGAGACACUGGGUUUUUUUAAAAUAUGACUGUCUUAAAGCAUUCUUGACAGUAAAACCUGUAUUCUGUAAAAGAAGCCUUUUUUUUUUCCAGGAGGCGGGUUGGGUGCAGGAAUGCUAACACAGAGCAAGUGUGAAAACAGAGCAAACUAUGUUUGGUGGGGGUGUGUAUGUGUGAGUGCCUCUAAUUUUUUUGGUGACUGGGCAGUGCACACCAGAUUUUUUUUCCUUUGAAUACAGAUCACCAUGGUGCUACAACUUUUUUUUUUUUUUUAGAAACUCAAAGAGGCAUUUUUAUGAAUAAAGUGACCUUCCCCAAGGCUGACAAGCCAGGGUUGAUGAUUGCAGAGUGGAAUAGCUUUGGCUGCUCCUCUGGGGGACGAUGUGUACCAAGGAAAAGAUGUCAGUGGUCAGAGGAGACAUGAUUUGGCUUUGCUGGAGCGCCAGUGUGCUGUGGCCUUUUCCCGACUCCCACCCCAGUGCCCUCGUUUUGCUCCACACUCCACAACUGCAGGGGGCUUGGACAAAAACCCCUGUCACCAGGAGAGUCAGUCAGCACUACUUGGGAGGGCUUAAGGGAAAUUUGGAAUAAAAAUUCCAAAGUUUGGAAUAAAAGAAUUCAAGCAUUGAUUUUAUAUUCUUUCCCUUUCUGACACAGCCUAAAGCGUAGGGGGAACACAUGUUUAUCUGUAGGAGAUAAACAAGAUGGAGUCCCAAAGACUUUAACAAAAUAUUUUUUUAAAAAUCCACUAGAAUAGAAAAUACAUUAUUUAGAUAUACUUUAUGCUGAGAGUGAGUAUAUGCUUGUCCUAUUUAAACUUGUGAGAAAAAGUGGUAUCCCUUGAUACAUUUAGAAAUAUGGGGGCUAUCUUGUUUCAUUGUGGGGGUGGGGCAGAAGGAGAACAAACACAGGAUGACCCUGUUUAAGGAAUCUUAGCAUAGUCAACAGGGGAUGUUUCCAGUUAAUUACCAGGAAAUGUGAGCCUUGGGGUUUCUACUGGUGGGACUGUCAUGAACUUCAAACUCCAAAGCCUAGACAGGGAGAAGUGUCAGACCAAUGGAAAAGUGAUCCAGCCUUUUAUGCUAUUGCACGACAUGUCAAUAGAAACCAUGCCUUUCAAAAUAAUUAAGUCAAUAAAUGCAAUGAUCAUGUAAAAUGUGAAAAAUUGAAAGCAUUCCAGCAAAAUAAGGAUUUUUAUAUACUCGUUUUUUAAGAUGUAUAUGUAAAAAAUGGGGGGUCAUGUUAUGGACGGACUUCAUGAAUGGGAAUUUGCUUAGAAUUGUGAGUAGUUUUGAAUUUUAAAAAAUAUGUGAAUGAAAGGCAACUGUAAACAUACUGCACCCUAGAGAGUUGUACACAUGUUGAAAUGUAAUCUGGGCUCACCUGAUGGUUGGAGUGGAUGUUACUGCUGAGUCUGUUCUCACUUGGAACCUUGCGGGUAGGGUUGCCAGCUUCGCAGAUGCAAUCAACCCUUCUCCCCAACAUCAGGAACUUCUCUGGAGUGGCAGAGUUUUAUCACAGAAGGCACCCACCAUUUCACUGAAACAAAAGUCCACAGCAUUCUAUUCCUUUUUCCUUUAACUAUUUAUAUGCUCAGUACUCUCAGUAGUAUCCAGAAAUCCUAUUCUUUUUAUUAAUAGUUACAGGCUUGUUGGUCCAGUGGGAUUUGGGUAGGGGGAAAAAAAGAUACCUUUUAAAAUGGAUCAAUAGGCAGAACGAAAAUAAUACUGCAUGUUCUAUAACCAAGGAAAUCAAACAAUCCUGUAAUGAUUCCAGUUAGUCAUAACUACAUUAGCAGUGCUAAUUUCAUUUUAGAAAUGGUGACUUCUGUGGUUUUUCUAGCAUUUGUCUCUAACAAAUAAUGAAAUAAUUACUCAUGGCCCUCUCUGCCAUUGUCUUUCAUUUUUCACAGGGAAAUUAGACCCUUUUACUUCACUAUUGUGCCACCACAAAUUAAGUUAAAAAAAUUAGCAAGACUAUCCACACCAGUAGACAGUAUGCUUCUCAACCUAUAAAUGACAUAAUCAUAGCUUAUGCGCUUGCCAUGGAGUUUUCAAUAAGAUGAUUGGUGUCAGACAGUUUUCGUCUUGUCCAAAAAGCGCUGGUGGCCUUUUGUGGUGGUGUUACAGUCCUCUGGGGGCUUAGGAGGAUGCCAUGUAACUUUGUAGCAGCUUUUAAUUUAAAAAACAAUUCAAAAGCCUGAAGGGCAGCAUGGCUGCCCCUCAGCCCCAGUUGGUCAAACCCCAGCGACCUUUGCCCCUGGUUGCCAAGGGCUUUGCAACAUGAAGCAGGGAAAUAAGGAUCUGUCUGUUUAGUGGAUACUGUGUAUCCUGUAAUAGACCAGGUAACAGUUCGUGUUAGUUUAGACUAUUGUUUUGUACUGUACUUUCUUGGGUGGCAGAGGAAAGAAAAGUAAAACAUUAAAAAAAAAAAAAAAUGCGUUCUUUAAAUUCUGUAUUAUUAGCAACCUCUGUUGUAUAUAGUGUUUGAUAAUAAAGUAUUAAUUUGAUUCUUAUGUCUUUUGUAAGUGAGAACAAUAGACUUUCAGGAUACAAAACAUGCAUUGAGGCUUUGAAACACCAAUGUGUGUACAUGGUUGAGAAAAGUCACAAAUGGCUGAGACACUGCUCCAUUUACAGGACUCAUGUAGUCAUCGCCCACCUAAGCUUAAGACUCCAUCAUCUUGGGACCUGGAACAACAUAACUUUUUUGACCAAUAUUUUGUCCUCAAUGUUUUCAAGGUCUGAUGUUGGAGCCCUAUGAUCCUCUCCUACCCUAAGCAUGUGGUUUGAAAAGGUUUAAGAAUUUAGUAACGGUUCUGUACUUUGGUUUGGUUUUUUUGUUUGCGGUUGUUUCAUGGACUGUUUCAUUUUUCCCCAGGAAGAGUCUUGUCAGUAUCAAGUGCAGCUCAGGCACGGGAAAGGUUGCAAACCAAUCCCUUUAGGAAGAUUAAAUGGGGGCUGUUUCCCUCUGUGUCAUUGUGAAGGGAAGAGUCACACUGUACCUAUGGAUUUUCAGGGACUCUGUUUUUCUCCGGUGCCUUAGCAACGGCUGCAGCCAUUUUUAUUAGUUUCAAAAAAUUAGAAAAACAGUUUUUAGCUCCUCCCUUCCAUUCAUUGCUCUCAAAGUUGUGGUCACUGGCUUUUGUUUUGAAAACCACCUCCACCAACACCCUGGUUUGCCUAUAACCCUCUCAACUUUUUAUGUUAUUAAAAUUUUGUUAUUAUUUUUUGUCUCUCGCCUUCCUCCCACGUUUUAUUUUCCCUCAGAGCCGUGAAUGGGCAGGUCUGUCUCUGGUUUGGCAUCACUGAGUUUUUCCCAUGCAUUUGCCCCAGAGCUGCUCGGAUGUGAGACAAAUCUCCCUACAAUGGGCUUGCUCCCAUUGUCUGUACAGUUUAAUAGAUGCUGGCAUGUUGGAGGUUACCCAUGAGUCAAAAUCUGCUUUCCAUGCUUACUCUUGACACCCCAUUGAAGCCACUCAUUGUGUGUGCGUCUGGGUGUGAAGUCCAGCUCCGUGUGGUCCUGUGCUUGUACUGCCCUGCUUUGCAGUUCCUUUGCACUUACUCAUCGAGUGCUGUUUUGAAAUGCUGACAUUAUAUAAACGUAAAAGAAAAUGUAAAAAAAAAAAAAAACCCACACACAAACAAACCCAUACAAUCUGUAUUUGUAUAUACACGUGUCCGUACAAGUAUACCUAAAUAAAAAUUAAAG